GUCCAGUGGCAGAGAGACACCUCAAUUGUCUGUCCUGAUCUUAAUGAUAUUGGUAGUAGUAUCACUGUGACUAGCAGUAAUUUUACUGGACGUACAAUAACUGGACUGGAGCCUGGCAAUAGGUACACCAUCACUGUGAUAGUCUCUAAUGGAGCUGGUAGUGGUCCUGUCAGUAAUGCUGUUACUGCAAUGACUAUUGCAACUGCCCCAUCUGCCCCUCCUCCUGAUUUGACUGUAACUGAUGUGAAUUCCUCCACCAUCACUGUCGAGUGGGGGGAGGUGCCAUGUAUCAAUCAGAAUGGAGCCAUCACAGGAUACUCAGUCCAGUAUGGAGUGAUGGAGAGUGGGAACACAGAGAUUGUUAAUGUUGAUGGAGCUACUGUGAAUGAAGCCACCAUCACUGGUCUCAUGCCAUCCACUACCUACUCCAUCCAAGUAGCGGCAGUCAACCGUGCUGGUACCAGAGAGUACAGUGACCCAGAAAUGGCUGAAACU